CGUAGUAGCUCACUGGCACGAGACGAGCGAGAAAGCAUACACACAGUCAGAGCAGCAACCAAGCGGGGCUGCAAGGCGGCACCCGAGUAGCAGCUAGCUAGGCUACACAACACCAACCAGCUAGCUAUAUAGGCAUGAGGUCGCUGCUCCCACUGCUCAUGGCCGCGCUCGUCGCCGUCACCGCGUUCCCCGACGGGGCCGACGCGGUCUGGACGCCGAUCGCCAACCCGCCGGGGACUCUGCUGGUCAAGCAGGUGGGCAACUUCACCGUGAUCGUCUACAGCAACGCCGCCCCCCGCAGGCACCGUCCCCUGCAGCUGGUGACCGUGGUGCGAGGCGAGACCCAGCCUGUAGGCAACGGCGUCACCGACUACCGGCUCGUGCUGGCCGUGAACAACACGGACACCGGGAGCACAGCGAUGUACCAGUGUGUCGUGCGAGGCAAGCCCGGCUCGCGCGCCACCACAUGGGUGCUGCGCAGCUUCGCGCUAUACACGCAGGCGGCAUAGCUAGCUCAUCGUCAUUCUUCUGCCUGCUACAAGCAGAUAGCGUUUUCAUAAGAGCAUA